GCCAUCGGCUUCGGCUUCAUGGCAAGCCAGCAAGAGCCUUCCUUUGAGGAGAGCCUGUCCGCUCUUGCCUCGCCUCCCGCCCUCGAGUCGACCUUUCUCGACUCUCCCCUCGUCCGCCGCGCCAGCAAGCGCAAUGAAGACGCGACCCACGACAAGUCUCUCAGCGGAGAUGAUGCGUCGAGCCUGUUCUUGUUGCCGCGCCCCUCCGCGUCGACCAUGAACAGCUCGUAUUCGUCCAAUACGAUGACGGCGGAGGAAAUGGCCGCCCCCGUGACCCCUCGGGCCCUGUCGCCUGAGCAGAAGGCGUACCGCGCAUACGAGGCAGACCUGGACAACGCCCUCGACACCGCCAUCACCCGCCGCGUCCAGUCCAUCCAGGUGCCAGAGACCGUCGCGCGCGACUUCCGCCUCCGCACACGCUCCAUCUCUCCCGACAGACGCCCAGCCUCAUCAGGCGGCUACGGCGAGGCUUACCUCAAUGCGCGACCACGUAGAACGCUCACGCUGAAGGAACAAAACGCGAAGAUGGACGCCCUUACCAAGGAGAAUUUUGAUCUCAAGCUCAAGAUUCACUUCCUCAGCCAGGCUCUGCAGAAUCGCAGCGAGGAUGGCAUCAAGGAGCUUGUCGACACCAACGUGCAGCUGCAGACCGACCUCGCCAAUGAGCGCAAAGAGAACGCGACCAUGCGAAAGAGGAUGCGCGACAUGGAGAUGCGACUCAAGCAACAGGCCGAGGCACUGGCAGAAGCGCAAUCGCAGCAGAAGAGCACUGCACGCGACGACGAAGACGACAAUCCGACUCUACAGGCGCAGAUGCACGAAGAGAUCUUGUACCUUCACCAACAGAAUGAUCGUCUCGAGGAGCAAGUCACAACUCUGCGAGAAGAAGUCAUGGACAAGGAGCUGGAGAAGCGCAAAAUGGCAGAACACAUGCGAGGGAUGGCUGGCAAGCGUGGCCAGGAUGCAAACGGCAUGAAGGAGAUGGAAGACAUGUGGCAGGAUCUGCUCAACGCCGAGACGGGUCGACGCGAGCAGGCCGAGGACGAGAUUAGCGCUCUCAGGAACGAGCUCACGAAGCUGCAGAUGGAGAAGGCAUCGCCAGCACCGAACCGCGUCGCUGAUCGCAGUCUCAAGACUCCAAAGAGACGCAGCCACAUGCAGUCAGUGGACGAAGAAGACUCAUCUGCGGAGGAAGACAUUGCCAACGGCGUUAGAAGCGUUCAAGGCGACGUGAUCGAGCAACUCAAGCACGAAAACGACGAGCUUCGACGCAACUUGGGAGCUCAGACUAGCAUGCUGACCUCUCGCAACCGCGAACGUGAACGCCUGCAAGAGGAGAUUGAAAGCCUCAAGCUUCUGCAGCGCAAAGGCGACGGAAGAUCUUUGGCUGGAGAAAGCAUCUUCGACCGAUCAAUCUCUCGCGCCCAUCAGCGAUCGCAGUCCCGAGCAAGUGACCAUACUGCCGUCACGGAAGCCGAACGGGACGACUGGCACAAGAAGGAGGGCGAACUUCGCGAUAGCAAUGCGGAACAGAGACUCAAAUAUCAAGAGCUCGAGCGCAAACACACCCAAUACUUGAACUACAUACAGGUCCUGGAAAGCGACUACCAGCAGAUGGAGACUGAGCUUGAUGAGCAUCAGCAGGAUCUCAAAUCUCUGCAGCAGGAGCGCGACGAGCUCAUACAGUUUGGCGAGGACAAGGAUGCCGAGAUUGCGAACAUUAAGGAGGAAGCAAUUGAAGAGAUCACUGCCCUCGAACAGCAGCGCUUGAAGCUGGAGAGUAGGCUCGAAGAAGCAUACAAUCACCUCGACAAGACACAGUCGAAGUUGAAGACUACCACCGAUGGUUACCAAGGCCUACAGGCCGAACUCCGCGACAUCACAGCCCGAGUUAUCGACUUGGACGAUGUCAAAACGCAUAACAUGCGUACGAUCGAAACCCUCGAACAGCAAAUCGCGGAGGCUGAAGAAGAGAUCACGAAAUGGGAGCAGAAGUGCAACGAGCUCGAUCAGAAGAAUCGCAAGCUCGAGAUCACCGAAGAAAGCCUACAUUCUGAGAUUACAUUCCUCAGAGAAGAGCAAGAAGGUGACAAGAUCAAGAUUGGAGAGCUAGAAGGCUCGCUUGAGGCAGCACAUGCAAGCAUACAAGAUGAACAGGAGAAGUUGCGCGAGCUAGGGGAGAGCAUCGCAGAGGAACGCCGACAGCGCGACACCCUGGAGAAUAAGUCCAAGGAAGACGUCCAGAAGGUGCUGGACGAUCUCAACGCGGAGAACGCCAAAUCCAAAGACGAAGUACGCAGAUUGCGAAGAGCACUAUCUGCCAAGGAAGUCGAAGCCACCAGCGAGAAGCAGAAGCUGGAUCAGCUCGAACAGAGCCUACGCAGCAUCCUAGGGGAUCGUGAUGGAACACGACAGAGCUUGCUCGGCGACAUCGAGAAGCUGCAACGGGAGCUGGAGACGACCAUCACCCAGCUUGACAGAGCAAAGAUGGACAUUUCGGACAAGGAUAGACUCCUUCGUCAUCGUGAUGGCCUACUGGAGAGCACCAGUCUGGAAAGCAGAAGACUGUCGGACCUGCUCGAAAAGGAGCGAAACCAACGCAAGCACGAUCUCGAGUCAUUCGAGAAGGCUUCGCGAGGACAAGCAACACACAUGCGCACUAUCGCGCAACAAGAGUCCAAGGUGCUGGAGCUUGAAACACUCUACAGCCAGGACAAGCGUAGAAUGUCUCACUUGGAGCAGCAAUAUCGCGAGCAACUCCACGAGCGCAACAACCUUUUGCUCGCAUUGUGGAACAGACUUUCCACACUUUGCGGCGCCGACUGGGCACAAAAUCACAGCCUGGUUGAUGGCGAAGUCCCGUCCGUCGAAGCAAUCAGCAAGCACUUGCCGAGCUUUAACAGGAAUAUCAUCAGCGCGGUCAAGACGAUCGAAGCGCUCAUUGGUGGCUUCAAACAGCGCAUCCGGUCCAUUGAGAAGGAUCUCUGGAGGGAUUACCAGACUCUCGAACAGAACCUGGAUCUGCGAGCACGCCGCAUGGACACCCUCGAAAGAGCCGUGAUCGAGGCUCAGCAACAGUUUGAAGAUCAGCAACAGAAUGCAGCCCAGGAAGCUGCUUUCCGACCUGAGAUUCCCAGUCGAGGAAAGUCGUUCUCGUUCAAGAGCAACGAGGAGAUCAGCAAGCUCAAAUCGGAGCUCAAGGUUCUCAAGAACGAGUUGAAGUUCCAUCGUCAGCAUCCCAGUGCGAUGGCACAACAACUAUUGAACGCCCACAACCAGGCUCUCUCUGGCGAACCGAUCCAUGCGCGCGCUGCCUCCAGUGCAGGAAGCAUUUCUGGCAAUGGCAAAAGCCCAGCUCGUCACGCGCUGUCCUCGCUCCUUCGACACCAGUCCUCUUCGGCAGCCGAACAGCUCCACUACAUGCAGCGGCAUAGCGAGGAGAACUCGGUUCCGUACCCUGUACAGCAGAUUGUCGUCCCUGAGCAGCAGACUGCGCCAAAUGAGACCCGAUGGGUACACCGACUCAAGGAGUUGGAGAGGAGGCUGAAGGCCGAGAGAGAGGCCAGGCUGCUAGACAGGCAGGGAGCGCGCAAGAGAUUGGAAGAGGGAAGGAUUGAAAAUGAAGAGCUCAAGGCUCUUCUGGAGAGGGAGCGCCUCUCCAAGCAAGAAGCCGAGGCUAGUAUCGCGGGCAGCGCUGCUGAAGAGCACUGAGCGAGAGCGAGCAUAUGGGCAGAGCGAGGCGUUUGGAAAGUCGGUCACUUUUGUAGUAGUAGUAUUAAAGGACCCAGUGAAAACUUGGGGGUUUGACGAAUGAUGAAAAGACACUUGUAC